AUGGAGAUUGAGAUAAUAUCAAGAGAGUGCAUCAAACCCUCUUCUCCAACACCUCAUCACCUUAAAACCCACAAGAUCUCUCUGGUUGAUCAGUUCAGCAUUCCCAUGUUUGUUUCCACAAUCAACUUUUAUCUCCCAAACCAAGCAGCUGCCUCCAUCUCAAAGAGAUCACAAGUGUUGAAACAAUCUCUAUCAAAGACACUCACUCUUUAUUACCCCCUCGCUGGAAAGAUCAUCGACACUCUUUCCGUUGAUUGUAACGACGAGGGAGUUUCUUAUACAGUGGCGCGAGUUAAUUGCAAUUUACGCGAUUAUCUCAAGCAGCCUGAUUUCUCAAAACUACCCAAGUUUGUGCCAGGGGAGAUCAUUCUUCAUGAAAUGACUCCGGGUGCUCAUGUGGCUAUUGUGCAAGAAACUAUGUUUGCUUGUGGUGGUUUUUCCCUAGGCCUUGUUAUUCCACACAACUUUUUUGAUGGAACUUCUGCAAUAGUAUUUCUGAAAAAUUGGGCUAUGAUUGCUCGACAAGAAGAAGCUCAAUCUCCCGAUUUUAGCUCCUCGUAUAUCUUUCCUCAAAACACUUCAUUCCGACAAGAUCCAAUGAGUUCCACUUUUGGAAGCCUAGCUUUUGGUAGAGAGGGAUAUUUUGUAUCUAGGAGGUUUGUGUUUGAAGGAUCAUCUCUAAGCAAUCUUAAGGCCAAAGCAACAAGGUUAGGUGUGCACAACCCGACGCGUGUGGAGGUUGUGAUUGCAAUCCUCUUUAAAUGUAUCAUGUCUGCAUUGAACGCAAAGUUGCCUCCACGGAAGUCAGCUUUGAUAUCAACUUCAGUGAACUUGCGACGAAGAGCUGUGCCACCAUUCGCAGAAACAAGUGUGGGAAAUUUAGUUUUGGUAGCACCAGUACCAGUGAAUGGUGAAGAAACAGAUUCGUAUAGUUUUUUGCACCGGAUGAGAGAAGGCAUAACCCUAAUCAAUGGCGACUUUUUGAAGAGCCUUCAAGGUGAUCAAGGAAUGUAUCGGUUCAAUGAAUAUGUGAAAGAGCUUAGUAAAUCAUAUUCUAAAGCUUCAUCAGACGGAGCAGAAAUAAUCGUGUUUAAUAGCUGGUGUAACUCAGGCAUUUACAAUGCUGAUUUUGGUUGGGGCAAACCUAUAUGGUUUCCGGCUGUUUCUUUUGCAGUAGGGCUUCGUGGAUCGGUGAUUCAGCUCGUGGAUACAAGAAUGAGUAAUGGAAUAGAAGCAUGGGUGUCCUUGGAUGAAGGAAUCAUGUCAAUGGUUGACCAGGACAAGGAACUCCUUUCAGUAGCCUCAGUUGAUCCAAGUCCUCUUGAAAUUGAUUCAAUCAAGCCAAGGCUUUAG